AUGUCCAUGUCAGAAGACAGCACCAUAGGGCCAAGUAAUGACGCUGUGAUUGAUGGAAAAGUCUGGGUAAAAGGCACUACCAAGGAAAUGUUGGACACAUUUCCGAAGCUAAUUCCCAAGAAAGAAGACAUCUUUGUUUGUACAUUUCCAAGAUCAGGAACAACUUGGACUCAGGAAAUCGUCUGGCAGAUAAUCAACGAUGGCAAGAUCGAUUAUCGCCCUUUGCAUGUGCGAAUGCCCUGGGUCGAUGGAAUGCCAUAUGCACAACCUGAGAACCCUUAUUUAGUGACGUCUGCUGGGAUGAUAGAAAAGAUGUUUGAAUGCUUUCCAUCACCCCGCGUGUUUAAAUCACAUCUACCGUAUGACCUGGUCCCCAAGGGGUGUGGCCAGGCUGCAAAGCCACAAGCACGUUAUAUAUACGUCAUGCGUAACCCGAAAGAUGUGGCUGUAUCUCUUUUUGAAUUUGUGGGAAAAGUAUCUGGCAGAGAAGCUCUCUCCUGGGAUGAGUUAUUUGAGCUAUUCUACCAAGGGAAAGUUUAUUAUGGCCCGUGGUUUGAUCAUGUCCUCAGUUGGUGGAAACACAAGGAUGAUCCUGAUGUAUUGAUUCUAAAGUACGAGGACAUGAAGGAGGACUUGCUUGGUACAAUUAGAAAAAUUGCCACUUUCAUUGGGAAAGAGCUUCCCCUCGAGACUCUGGAGCGUAUUGUCAGCCAAACAUCAUUCAACGCCAUGCAAAAAGAAGGAAACUCUAAUUUUUCCUUUCUCAGAGGGUUCAAAGGUCUUUGCAUUCGUAAAGGUGAAGUGGGAAACUGGAAGGAUUAUUUCACUGAAGACCAAAGCAAGCGAUUUGAUUCUCUGAUCAAAGAGAAAUUGGCUGGAUCAGGACUAGAAGACGAGUUUUAAAAAGAUACCGAACGGUCCGUUAAAUGGAGAAGAAUACUUUAGGAAUGAUAUGAAUUUUAUAAUAAUUAGGAAAUUAAAUUGAUCUGUAGAACAGUUAAUCCAGCCCACAAAUGAUCUUUUCAUUAAUUUAAUCUUUAACUAGUGUACGUU